AUGCUCAAUUUUCAUAAUGUCUGCUCAGUACCCAGCUCCUUCUGGCUCACUGGCAUCCCAGGGCUGGAGUCCCUGCACAUCUGGCUCUCCAUCCCCUUUGGCUCCAUGUACCUGGUGGCUGUGGUGGGGAAUGUGACCAUCCUGGCUGUGGUAAGGGUAGAGCGUAGCCUGCACCAGCCCAUGUACUUUUUCCUGUGCAUGUUGGCUGCCAUUGACCUGGUUCUGUCUACUUCCACUAUGCCCAAACUUCUGGGAAUCUUCUGGUUUGGUGCUGGUGACAUCGGCCUGGAUGCCUGCUUGGGCCAAAUGUUCUUUAUCCACUGCUUUGCCACUGUUGAGUCGGGCAUCUUCCUUGCCAUGGCUUUUGAUCGCUACGUGGCCAUCUGCAACCCACUACGUCAUAGCAUGGUGCUUACUAAUGCAGCGGUGGGUCGUUUGGGGUUGGUUUCCCUCCUCCGGGGGGUUCUCUACAUUGGACCUCUGCCUCUGAUGAUCCGCCUGCGGCUGCCCCUUUAUAAAGCCCAUGUCAUUUCCCACUCUUAUUGUGAGCACAUGGCUGUAGUUGCCUUGACGUGUGGCGACAGCAGGGUCAAUAAUAUCUAUGGGCUGAGCAUUGGCUUUCUGGUGUUGAUCCUGGACUCAGUGGCUAUUGCUGCCUCCUAUGUGAUGAUUUUCAGGGCCGUGAUGGGGCUAGCCACUCCUGAGGCCAGGCUUAAAACCCUGGGGACAUGCGGUUCACACAUCUGUGCCAUCCUGAUCUUUUAUGUUCCCAUUGCCGUUUCUUCCCUGAUUCAUCGAUUUGGUCGCUGUGUGCCUCCGCCAGUUCACACACUGCUGGCCAACUUCUAUCUCCUCAUUCCUCCAAUCCUCAAUCCCAUUGUCUAUGCUGUUCGCACCAAGCCGAUCCGAGAGAGGCUUCUUCAAAUCCUGAGGAUAGAAAGGAAGAUUAGCUGA